AGGCGAGGAGGAAGACUCUGCUUGAGGCAGUCUAUGAAGAGAUUAACCAUAAAUGUGUCACUAACAGAUAUACUAAAAGAGGAAGUUUUAUCUCUGAAGAUCAGCAUUCAGGAUAUGAGGACGUAGAUGAGGAGCUUCUCUCAGAAAACUAUGGCGAGGUCUAUGAUAUCAUACCUGCUGAAGAGAGCCCACACAUUACAACAGGUUCUUGAGUCUUAUCUGGCUGAGUAGAGGUAAAGCUUGUUCUGCUGCUGAGUUGAGCAGUGUGUGUGCAAGAGAUGGACAUCCGAGUUCUACUAAUUUUUCUAUUGACCACUGUCACUCUCGUCACAUCUGACAGUGUGAGGUUGGUGGAUGGUGGGAGCCGCUGUGCUGGGAGAGUGGAAGUUCUUCAUAGAGGACAUUGGGGAACAGUGUGAUGAUUACUGGGAUAUGAGAGAUGCUGCAGUGGUGUGUAGAGAGCUGGGCUGUGGGGAAGCCAUAGAUGCACCACGGAGAGCUCGCUUUGGAUCAGGAUCAGGACCAAUCUGGGUGGAAUAUGCUAACUGUGCUGGAUCAGAGUCUUCACUGAAGAACUGUAGGUCGUAUGAUUGGGGUAGACAGAGAUGUAAUCAUGAUGAAGACGCUGGUGCUGUUUGUGCAGGUUCUUCUCUGGCGUCUCAUGAGGGAGGAGUGCGGUUGUCUGGAGGGAUGGAGUGUGAGGGGGAGAUGGAGGUGUUCUUCAGGCAGGACUGGAGGAGAGUUCUGCUGGACUCCUGGAGUGAGUCUGAGGCCUCUGUGGUCUGCAGACAGCUGGGCUGUGGUUCUGUACUCAACAUCUCCAGCUCCUCUUCAUCCAGUCCUGAACACAGCUACAUGUGUGUGACGGGUUUCAACUGCUCUGGGAGUGAAGCUCAUCUGAGGAACUGCAGCAGCUCACAAGCAGUUAACUGCAGCUCCACAGUACAGCUCUACAUCACCUGCUCUGGUACAUCUAACACAGUCCACAGCUCCAUCAGGCUGGUUGGUUCUGGGGGAGACUGUGCAGGAAGGUUGGAGGUUUUCCACAGUGGAUCAUGGGGGACAGUGAGUGAUGAAUUGUGGGAUAUUGAGGAUGCGCAGGUGGUCUGCAGACAGCUGCAGUGUGGAGUCGCCCUCAGUGCUCCAGUACCGGUACCAGCCCGGUUUGGAUCUGGAACUGGACCCAUUUGGCUGAAUGAGGUGGAGUGUGAGGGGAACGAGGCGUCUCUGUGGAACUGCAGAUAUCAGCUGUGUGGAGAGGAUGAAUGUGGACACAAGGAUGAUGUAGGAGUCGUGUGCUCAGAGUAUAAAGAGAUCAGACUGACUGAGGGCUGUGAGGGGAAUCUGGAGGUGUACUAUAAUGGAACCUGGGGGAAUGUGUGUGUAAAUGGGAUGACUGAUGAAACGGCAAAAUUGAUCUGUCGAGAGCUGAACUGUGGAAGAACUGGCAGUGAGUCUUGGUCUAAAGCAAGAGUGGAAUCAGCUCCUAACUGGCUGGAUAAUGUAAAAUGUAGGAAACAUGACUCCACUCUGUGGCACUGUCCAUCUUCUUCCUGGGGGGAGAACAGGUGUGAUAAUCGCAAUGAGGUUGCUUGCAUUACCUGCUCAGAGAAUGGAAAUACACUAGAUUUGACAAAUUGGCUGUGUGAUUCAUCUCCUCAUGAGAGACCGUGCUCAAAGCACAUUCCUCUGAGGCUGAGGGGAGGAGUAGGAAGCUGUUCUGGAUGGAUGCAGGUGUAUCAUAAUAAAACAUGGGGGUCUGUAUGUGGUGACCUCUGGGACAUCAGGGAUGCUCAGGUGAUCUGCAGGCAGCUGGGUUGUGGGCCGGCGCUGAGUGCUAAUAGAAGAGCUGUUGAUGGUUCUGGUGGAGGAACUAUCUGGAUGAACAGAGUGAAGUGUAGAGGGAAUGAGGUUCACCUGUGGGACUGUCCUCAUUCCCUGAAGAACCACACUGACUGCUCCCACAGUGCUGGAGUCACUUAUGGAGAUUCUCAACCACAGACAAGAAGAAUCAUACUUCCACAAACUCCUCCACCAGCUGUUCCCUCCAUCUAUCCAGUGUCUCUCCUGGUUCUGGGAUCUGUGCUCUUCCUGGCCUUAGUGCUUCUGGUUGUGCUGUUUUAUCAGAACAGAGUGCUCAGGAGAGUGAUCUCUAAGAGGAGGAAGACUUCAGCUGAGCCUGUCUAUGAGGAGAUUGACACCAGGCUCAUCCCUAAAAGAAUUACUGUCUCAACUAAAAGUAAAGCAGAUAAUGAGGAAAUGCAGUUAAGUUAUGAUGUCAUUUUUGCUGGACAAACACCUGACAGUGCAGCAGAGGAAGAACCAGAUAAUUACGAUGAUGUUAUUGUGGAACAAAACUCAAACAUUGUGAUGGAAAACAUGCUGGAGAUCUACGAUGAUGUCAUGGAGGUCACUGCUGGACACAUUGCAGCAGAAUACGGGAAAUUUACGGGAAAAUACUAAUACGGGAGGACGGCGGGAAAGAGGAGUAAAAUACGGUAGUUUCCCGGCCAAAACGGGAGACUUGACAGGGUGGUGAGCUUCCUGAGGGCUUUGAGGAUAGUUAUCCUGGUGCGUGUCUUUCGUCUGGCCUCUCAGAAGAAAGAUCUGGAGAAGGUCACUAGAAGAAAGGUAUCUGAGAACAAAAGGCGGUAACAAAAAGGAUGGAUUUGAAUUGGAUCUCACCUAUGUCACAGGCACUCUACAGAAAUCCCAUAAAAGAAGCUGCCAUAUUUCUGGACACAAAGCAUCCCGAUCAUUACAGAGUUUACAAUCUCUGCAGUCAAAAAGGCUACGAUCCGCUGUUCUUCCAUUACAGAGUGCAACGAGUGAUGAUUGACGACCAUAACGUACCGUCAUUAGACCAACCCACUCGUUAGGACUCCCCCUAUCACUAGUAAUGCCCCAACACACCAGGAGGAUGAAGACUAGCACACUCUUUCUCCGAUACAUGUGAAGUCAGCCACCGCUUCUUUUCGAGCUGCUGCUGAUGCAGCAUUGCCAAGCAGCCAGCACAUUUGGAGGAAAGCGCAGCGGCAGGUGAAGUGCGUAAUAUGGACAGUGUGCACUUUGCACUUGUGCAACUUUUUUUUAAAAACAGUUUGAUUUGUUUCUGCUAUAUUUUGAUUCAUAGCUUUAUAUAAAAUGAAAAUAACUUAUAACUAUAUUAUUUUCUUUAGCCCGAGGAACCUGAGGAAAGUGGUGGGAAAUCUCGAGCCAGGUCAGACCUUGGGUUGGGUUUGGGCAGAGAACCUAAGCUCUUAUUCACAUAUUGAACUUUGUGUUAUUGUGUUCUCAGUGACAUGUUGAACUACACUGCCAGUUUGAGGGAAUGUCAUUGCCAUCCACUGCAAAGGAGGCAAAGGUGUGGGAAAGGGCAAUGGCAGUGAUCUGAAGGUGCGGAUCAUAGUGAAAAGAGAGCAGGUGUUCCAGUGUGUCUGUGCCACGCAGACGAACUGUAGGCUGUUCCCAGAUACUGAAAACAAUGCCGUGGUGAUCAGCUUUCAGGAAGGGCCAGUGGUUUGUGGUGAUGUUAAGGUCAUGUUUGAAUCCAGGGCUGGUCUUCCAAAGGGGUAUGAGGACUAUCCUUUCUAUUUCUGGUUCAACACUUCAUUUGUAGAGAACAACAGGCUCUAUCUGUCAAGGGAGGAACUGGACAACCCACGUAAGUCCAAAACCUGGGACAUCUACAAGGAGGACUUUGGUGUGACUGUGUCUUUCAGUGACCCUGCACUUAUGUAGCAGACGACACUUGCUUGUGUAUCUCAACUAAAACCGUUAAGCCCUGCACAAGGUCUAAAUCUUUGCUCUAAUGUAGGUUUUCACACACUUAUAAAAGGUGAGUGAUGUUUAGGGAUUGGAUUCGGGCAUAUUGUGCCCCUAAAGCUAUAGCUAUAGCUAUAUAACCUCAACUUUAUGUCCAUCCCCCAUCUUCACUGUAAGAGCUUUUUACUGAGCCGUGCAUACAUCACAAUAUUAUGCAUUUGUUUGUCAAAUGUUUUUUUGUCUUUAAAUGAAGACAAAUGUUUGUGUCAGUUUAGCAUAUUAUGCUUCCAAAAUGUAAAUCUUACUCUUUAAGCUUGAGUGUACAUCAAAUAAAGCAAUCGAGGCUGCCACUGUGAAAUGGUCAAUGGUUAUGUGUGCAGAAACAUUUUUUUGUAGUACACAUGUAUUGAAAUAAAUACUAAUGUCUCUGUAA